GAUUCCAAGUUAGCGCUUGCUUCGUUAUGCAGUUUGAUGAUUUCCUCAAUGUACUCGGUUACCAUAAAAUUACAAUAGAUGAUGAAACGCUACCGCGUGAAGCGGAAAAGCCGAAAAGGGCUGCUAAACGAAAAUUUAACGAUUAUCUAUGCACAUUUGAAGAACUAGAGGUUAAAGCUGGGUUCGCCCCCCCUCGACUUUCCAGUUUUCAACGUUUUAACAGGAAAUUUUUUGCCUAUAGCGAA